UGUGACAGAGAUGGAGGAGGGACGUCGCUCGGAGCAGCGCGUGCAGGCGUAGUUGGAGAGGAGCACGGACACCACAGCACGCGCUCCCAGUCUGCACUCAGGUAGUUUGUGUGGGGUUUUCUCUGGGACGUCAUUGUAAUCUUUCAGGUGCCUCUAUGGAGUGGAGCUGCCAGCCUCACUGUUCCAUAAUGCUGUGAAUCCUGGUGGGACCACUGAUGGCUUUUACUGCCUCCCUCACCAAAUCUUGUUGUCCUUCUGGUCUUCCGCUGUAUCCCUCUCCUCCCCUUUCUUAUGCCCCUCUUCCCUCCUCCUCUCUGUCUCUAUGGUCCGGGCUUAUUACUCAAACCCACUGAAAGGAGUAACACAGUACCCGACAAAAAAGAUGAAGCAGGUCUUGCUGCCAACACCAGAGAGAGGAUAGAAGGUACAAAGGGAGCAGCGAAAGGGAGAGGGAGACGACCACUGAAGAGAGCUACAACAAAGUUGUGAGAGAAGCAGCAAUAUUCAAGAUGCCACGUCAAAGAAAAAACACUUGAAUGUCGUGAGCUAGUCCUCUGAUCUACACACACACAAAGUAGUGGAAACACACACUCCUGCUUUCUGGGGCUCCUUGUUAACACCUGCUAUGCCUCUGUAAGAAGUGUCAGCCAUGCCAACCAAGGGGAAGUACCUGCUGAAUGACCAGGAGCUGAAAAAUGAGACACUGUACCGCAGAUUCUCCUGCAUCAGUCAGUACCAGCCACUGGUGCUCUUGCUGGGCCUCUCCAUGCUCUUCUGUGGAAUCCUCCUCAUCCUCUUCUUUGCCCUAAAGCUGAGCGCAAAGGAGCAUUGUGCCUUUGUAAGCGUGGUCAGCGGUAGCCUGUGUGUGUUUCUGGCUGUGUUUGUGCUGGUGUGCACAGAGAUGCUCUCACAACGAUGGAGACGUCUACUGGGCCUGAUUGUGUGGGCCACACACCUCACUAUGGGCUUCACCUUUAUCUUUUGCAGCCCCAUCAUCCUGCCUUGGGACCAGGUGCCUUUCUUCCUCUUCAUCAUCUUCACUGUGUACACCAUGCUGCCAUUUAAGCUGUGGUAUGCUGUGGUGUUGAGUGUGAUCUCCUCUCUGUCCCACAUUAUGGCCCUCUCUGUGCGCCUCACCGUUUACAGCAAUGAGCCCACUCCUUACCUUGCUAACCAGCUACUGUCCAAUGCAGUGGUGUUUCUGUGUGGCAGCAUGGUUGGAGCCUUCCAUAAGGUCCUGAUGGAGAAAACCUUGAGGCAAACCUUCAAAGACACCUUGAGAUGCCUGAUCAUGCGGAUGAAGCUGGAGAUAGAGAAGAGACAACAGGAGAACCUGUUGCAGUCUGUGCUGCCAGUCUACAUCUCCAUGAAGAUGAAGCUGACAAUCAUGGAGCGCUUGCAAGAAUGUAAGGACAAAGAAGAACAACAGCGACUAGUCAAAGAUAAUAACUUCCACAGCCUUUACGUCAAGAGGCACGAGAACGUAAGUAUUUUAUAUGCUGACAUUGUUGGCUUCACCCAACUGGCCAGUGACUGUUCUCCCAAGGAGCUAGUCAUCAUGCUCAAUGAAUUGUUUGGCAAGUUUGACCAAAUUGCAAAGGAAAAUGAGUGCAUGAGAAUCAAAAUCCUUGGAGACUGCUACUACUGUGUGUCAGGGCUGCCAGUUUCUUUGCCUAAACAUGCCAAGAACUGUGUCAAAAUGGGCCUAGACAUGUGUGAAGCCAUUAAGCAGGUACGGGAAGCCACAGGAGUGGAUAUCAACAUGAGAGUGGGCGUCCAUUCAGGCAACGUGCUUUGUGGUGUUAUUGGCCUUCGCAAGUGGCAGUUUGAUGUGUGGUCACAUGAUGUCACCCUGGCCAAUCACAUGGAGUCGGGAGGCCUUCCAGGACGUGUCCACAUCACAGAGGCAACUCUGAAGCACCUGAACAAGGCUUAUGAAGUGGAAGAGGGCAAUGGCCACCUCAGGGACCUCUACCUAAAAGAACUCAAUGUCCGGACCUACCUAGUCAUUGAUCCACGAUCUAAGGAUCCAUCACUGAAGAGCCGUAGUGCACCUAAACCUCGUGUGAAUGAUGGUCUGAAGAUGCGGGCAUCUGUACGUAUGACUCGUUACCUGGAAUCUUGGGGCGCUGUCAAACCUUUUGCCCACCUCCAGAGCCGAGAGGGCUACACCGCCGACAGCUUUGUCAAUGGCAAACCCGGCUGUAAGGACAUUCCACUGCGAUCAGCACCCAGCAUCAACAUAACUGAGAGCUUCGAUGAGUCUCUAGAGGAGCCAUUCUCCUUGCCCACACCUCCGUUCAGCAGCUCUAAGUACAGGAACAAAUCCCAGAAGAGCAGGUUUGAUGAGGAGCUGCACAAUGAGAUGAUCACUACCAUAGAUGAGCUCAGCAGCAAGCAGUGGUCUAAGUCUGAAGAGACCGGCAGUUUAGCUCUGUGGUUUCCAAAGAAAGAUCUUGAAAAACAGUACCGAGCCCUGGAUUUACCCAUGUUCAAGUACUAUGUUGGCUGUGCCACCUUCAUCUUCCUUUGCAUCUUUUUGGUUCAGAUGUUUGUCACAAAGAAUCGACAGAUGUUGGGGAUGUCAUUUGGAGUGUUGGUUUGUGUGCUGCUGCUGAUCCUAUCUAUCUGUUUUGCGGGUCACCUACAGCACCUGUUUCCAGAGAAGCUGUCAAGGUGCCAGUGGUUGCCAGCUGUGUCAGAAGCGGUGGUGAAGCAGCCAUGUGUGCGCCUCCCUCUGGCCACCAUCACCACUACGGUCAUCAUCGUCUUGGCAGUGUUCAACCUGUGCAUCGUCCAGACACAUGUCCAGGAGGGUGUUGCUGACCUGUGUCGCACAAAUCAUUCACAUGAGUGGGGAUCAGAGGGAUCCUUUUUCUGGCUGCCUUACUCUGUAUACUGCUUUAUCCUAUCGCUCAUUGCAAGUGGAGUCUUCCUGCGGGUGAGCUUUGAGCUCAAAGUGUUCUUCCUCACCCUGGCCUCCACCGCAUAUUAUGUCAUCAUCCUCAGCAUCAAGAAGGAACUCUUUGUGGACUAUGGAAAAAUUCUCUAUUCUCAGACCAAUAGCAGCUGGAACUGCAGCAGUGGAGAAGAUGACUUCAUCCUGAAAUGGAUAGGCCUGGUGAAACACCCCCAGGUGAUGAGCUGCAUUUAUAUCAGCCUAUUCCUGGUCACUAUGCUUAUCAUUGCACAACAGAAUGAGUCCUGCUUCCGUCAGGACUUUCUGUUAAAGUACAAGAAUCACACAGAGCAGGAUGAGAUCGAGACCAGGGAAAACCUGAAUCGCCUGUUGCUGGAGAACGUGCUGCCAGCCCACGUAGCAGCGCUGUUUGUUGGGGAGAAUAAAAAGAAUGAGGAUCUCUACUACAAGUCCUAUGACUGUGUGUGUGUGAUGUUCGCUUCGGUGCCAGAUUUCAAAGAAUUUUAUACUGAGUGCGAUAUCAACAAGGAGGGCCUGGAAUGCCUGAGGCUGCUUAACGAGAUCAUCGCCGACUUUGAUGAGCUGCUGUCCAAGCCCAAGUUCAGUGGUGUGGAGAAGAUCAAGACGAUCGGCAGCACUUACAUGGCAGCUGCAGGGCUCAGUGGGACGCCUGGUCAGGAGAACAACCAGGACAAAGAGAGGCAGUAUGCCCAGAUUGGGAUCAUGGUGGAGUUUGCUAUCGCUCUGAUUGGCAAGUUGGAUGGUAUCAACAGACAUUCUUUCAAUAGCUUCAGGCUUCGUGUGGGCAUAAACCAUGGUCCAGUGAUAGCUGGAGUGAUCGGGGCCAGGAAGCCUCAGUAUGACAUCUGGGGCAACACAGUAAAUGUAGCCAGCAGAAUGGAGAGCACCGGGGAGCUCGGAAAAAUCCAGGUAACAGAGGAAACGUCUGACGUGCUGCAGAAGCUGGGCUACUCCUGCGAGUGUCGAGGACUCAUCAAUGUCAAGGGGAAAGGGGAGCUGAAAACCUUCUUUGUGUGCACCGACAUGAGCAAGCAGCAAGGUAUGGGGCUGAGCUGAGGCCAGCUGCCACAGCCAGCAGAACUGAGACUGACUCACAUACACAAGUCAAAGAAUUUAUAAACUCCUGCUCACCCCAAGUGUUGACACAGACCUGACUGCAACACAGUGGUGUCCUUGUGACGUCUCUGACUGAUCAUAUGGAGACUUGGAAUCACUUUGGAGUCAUUGGACCGAUCAGGAUGUGGCAGCCAUGCUGGAGAGGUGGUCAUACCUAGUCACCAUCGUUCUCUAUUCACUAUUCCAGUGGUCACUUUUGUACUUUUCUGUCUUUAACUUAGAUGUUAUUUGUGAAAGAAAAAUGUGUAUUGUUCUAAUGCCAAAUACAGUUGUGUAAUUUUUGAAGACCACUUUGGUCCUUUAAAAACAAAACAGUUGAUUCUGUUUGGAUCAUAAUUUGAAACCCAUCUGGUUUUUCUGCUUGAGAAGAGAUGAACACUGCUCUGUUACUGUGUAAUGAGCAAAACGUGAGGCAGUUACACAGAGCUGUUCCAACAUCACAAACAGGCUGUACAUAUAAGAUAUAGAAAAACUUUUCCUCUCCUUUCAGCAAAAUAUAUUCAUAUAACACAAAGUAGAAAGAUUCACUGUGGCCAAACAGCAAAUCCUUAAGUUACUGCAUCCUCAGCAAUUUAGGUUCAGGUAUACCAACUCUUCAUAUGAACACCAUUUAGGUUUCAGAUCUGCAAUUUGGCCACAAUAAAUAACUGUUUAUUACAUAUAUGACAAGAUGUUUGCUACUAAGGAAGUACGUCUGUCUGUGUUUUUCUGCUCAGAUUACAAAGUCCAGUUUUUAUUGUUUUGUGUGACAUAUCUGCAUCUAUGCUGUACUGAGUGAAGUGUGAUCUACCUGCCUGCCUGCUGUGAAUGUUUCUGUGGCUCCAUCUCAGAUGAUCACCUGAACUGAUCUGGUUCAUUCUUUGCCUCUAAAAACUGGAUGCGUCUCUUGGCCUUACCUUCACCCACCAUCAUCUUGUCUCUAAUUGUAGCUACAUAAUAAUGUAUUGGCCUUUAUAUGAACAAAUGUGACAAUGAAUUUUGUACAGUUACAGGAAUAAAUGUUUUCUUAAAUUCAUGGUUU